CAUAGCAGGCCGUUCACUGGUAAACCCAUAACAAACCCCGCGUCAAACGAAGGCCAUAUAGGCCUAAAACCCGAGAGCGACCCAAGCCGACGAAAGCAUGGCGGCCGUAGCGGCUGGGCCACUGCGGCACUACCCAGUACCCUGGUUGCAGUUCCCAUCCCUCCUGACCCUCUCCUUCACGCCCCGCCCCAUCUUCUUCUCCUCCUCCCGAGCCCGCGUCCUGAGACCUAGCGGCCCUCUGACGGCCGAAGACGACCCGGCCGACGAUGAAGACGCUGCCGCCGUCUCGGCCGGCGCUCCAGUCAAGAAGAGUCGCAACGAGCUCAAGCGGGAGGCCCGCCGCGCCGUCCGCUGGGGGAUGGAGCUCGCCAACUUCUCCCUCCCGCAGAUCCAGCGGGUCCUCAGAGUUGCUUCCCUUGAGCGCGAAGUGUUCGAAGCCCUAACGCUAGUGAAGAGAUUGGGACCGGAUGUCCGGGAGGGGAGAAGGAGACAAUUUAAUUAUAUCGGAAGACUCUUGCGGAAAGCACAACCUGAUUUGAUGGAUGCUCUAAUUCAAGCUUCUAAAGAUGGUGACAACAGUAGGCUGUUGGCUUUAGCCGGUCAAGAAAGCUGGUCCAUUGAAAAUGAAGAAGAAGGGGAGGAAGAAGAAGAAGAAAAAGGAGGAGAAGAAAUACCUAAUGAGGAGAAAUCGUGCCAGGGUAGUGAUGAUUAUGUAGUAGCAAUGAGGUGGUUUGACGGGCUUAUUUCCAGAGAUCCUUUAAUCACAAAUGAAGUGUACUCGGUGCAUAAUGCGGACUUUGACCGCCAGGAACUUCGCAAGCUUGUUAGGAAAGUUCAAUCAGUCCAAGCAGGCCAGCAGGCUGACAGUAGUGGAGCAGAAUCCAAUGCUAUGUUGACCAGAGUGAAGAAGCCCCUCAUUCUCUUCUUACGUUCCCUAGCAAAGAAAACAUUGGCUGAUGUACUGUUCGGUCCUUCAUCACAUUUAUGUAGCUGUAGCUGACUGCUAUCCCCACUUCUCAAGGAAGAUUCCAACGAGCUAAAAAUCUGUUAGUAGUGGUUCUUGUCUUCUAUAACCAAUCAUCACUACAGAGACUAGCUUCACUGUGUAACUUAUAUCGUCAUUGCUGCAUAAUAAUGCACGCAUGUAUGAACAAGAUGAACUACCAGACUAGCUUUACCUUGCCGUCUCUAAUUAUUCUGCUGUCGCUUUUAUGUAUGAAAUUUAAGCUUUACCAUUGGCUCUCUGAGAAUAAUUCUUGAUGCUGAAGAGGACUUGUUGUGUAGGACGGAAAGCAUGAUUCCCGAUAAAAUUAUGAUUUAAAAGUGUUCUUGUCC